UCUGAAACCAUACUUUCCUGUUGAUAGUCAAGCCUCUGUAAACACUGAAUGUGACCUUGGCGUGUUAUCUUUUCUAAUGAUGCCAAACAUGCGGUUGCUGUCUCUGAUAUAAGUGCAGUGUGACUUUCCCUGGAUGCACAUGCCUGCAAGGACUCCUGCUCAUCACAAUGAAUGCUCUUCUGGGCAGCUUUGUGGUUUUAGCCACCUUUGUGACUUUAUGCAAUGCCCAGUGCUAUUUCAUACCUAAUGAGAGCUCUACAUCUAAUGGGGAUCUUCUUGACCCAGAGACUGAACCGAAGUCUUCUGCAUUGGCAGGAUGCACGGAUCUCAGUGGAGUCACACACCAGCUGAAAUCAGACUGGAACACUGACAACUGUGAAAGCUGUCAUUGUGAUGAAGCUGGGAUUCACUGUUGCAACACUGCAGCUAUACCUGCGGAUUAUGACAGAGACAAGUGUCAGGCAGUCCUCAACAAGAAGACCUGCACCUAUACAGUGCUGGAGAAGAAGAACCCAUUAAAGACCUGUACUGUCAAGGCAUGGGUGUUAUAAUGUGCUUUUCAUCAGCCCAGAGCUUCCCGCCCGGAGGGUCCCAGGUUCUCCCAGGUCAGGCUUCAUUCUCCUAUGGCCUCUAACAGUCUGAUUGU